AUGCCUCCGAAGCUGAAGCGGUCGCGCUCCUCUUCGCUGGCCGCCCAGGCGGUAUCCAGCGAUCCUUCAUCUUCUCAACGAGCCAAAAAGUUGAAGCUACUAGCUUCUCAUACCAUUGACUCACCAUUCCACGAUUUCAUACACCCCACGCCGUCGGAAGCGUCUCAAGUGCACGCGUUGCUGGCAAAGGAGCACCCGAGUGUCGCUUCAGAGCGCAAGGCGCCGUCGGACGCGAACGACUCCGCAGGGACCUGUGGCAGCGUGCCCAACGUGCUGGAGUCGCUCGUCGGCACGAUCCUUAGCCAGAACACGUCCUCGCAGAACUCGACUGCGGCGAAGCACAGCCUGGACAGCACGUUCGGGCGGAACAACUUCGCUGCGAUUGCGCGGGCGCCGCGGGCGGACGUGGUGGAGGCGAUAAAGAUGGGCGGGCUUGCGAAUAAGAAGGCGGGAGUCAUACAGAAUAUCCUUAAUGAGGUGUAUGAGCGUCACGGCGCGUAUUCUCUCCAGCACCUUGCGGGAGUGGUGGAGUCGGAGAGCACUGGGAAGAAGGCCGGCAGUGUGUCGGAUGAGGAAGCGAUGAAAGAAUUGGUGUCGUAUGAUGGGGUGGGGCCCAAGACUGCCUCGUGCGUUCUCCUAUUUUGUCUUGGUCGGUCAUCUUUCCCAGUGGACACGCAUGUCUUUCGAUUGUCCAAGAUGCUCGGUUGGGUACCAGCAAAGGCGGACAGAGUCACCGCUCAGGCGCAUCUGGACCUCAAGAUACCCGACGAUCUCAAAUAUGGGUUACACGUUCUCAUGGUGGGGCACGGUCGGCGGUGUAAGGGAUGCAGGGGUGCAAAUGGCGGAAAGGGUGAGUGCGUCCUGAAGAAAUGGAUGAAAGAGCGGAAGGGAGUCAAUUGA